CAGUUCGUACAUACGCAAUUCUUUAACAGGCAUUGCGAGGUAGAAGGGUACCAGCUGCCAUUUCCCACAGGCACUAAUUGCAUCUGCCACUGCCAAGAACAAAACAUUCCAGAUGAUCCCUAUAAAAGAGAAUGAUGCUAGAGGUGGUUCCUCCUUCAGUUAGAAAAUUUUGGAAGGAAUGGGAGCUCGUAGGGGCAGCUGUGCUCAGCCUUACACUCCAAAUAGUUCUCAUUAUGACGGGCAACCGCAGGAAGUACAUUCGUGGAACUUUGUUUAGAGUUAUUGUUUGGUGUGCCUAUAUGAUGGCUGACUCUGUGGUGACCAUGGCCCUCGGUAUACUAUCAAAUGACCUCGGGGAGAUAUAUGAUGAAAAAGAUCACAUUAAUAUGGGUACUGAUGCUUUGAUAUAUGAUGAUAGAGGUCAUAUGAAUGUGGGUACUAAAGCUUAUAUUAAUGUGGGUACUGAGCUCAAAGCAUUCUGGGCACCUUUUUUCCUGCUGCAUUUAGGUGGUCCUGAUACAAUCACUGCCUACUCCUUAGAAGAUAAUGAGUUGUUCCUUAGGCACCUUUCCGGACUAAUAGUCCAGACAAUUACUGCGCUUUACAUCUUCUUGGUUGCAUGGACAAGUUCUCAUAUUUCUCAUCUAUCCAUUGUAGUGAUAGUGGUAGGCAGCAUCAAGUAUGGAGAGAGAACAUUGAGCCUUUGGAAAGCAAGUAGGAACAAACUCCAAAAUACUAUCAUCACUGAUCCAGAUCCUGGCCCAAACUAUUCAAAGUUUAUGGAAGAAUAUAGCUUGAGAGAUGAGGAGGGGUUCUCUGUGGAAAUAAUAGAAAUGAAGGAGGGUCAGGGUAACUUGGAUGUAACUGUGCCUAAAACAACAACUGAAAAUGAACAUUAUAUGGUCCAAGCUCAUGCCUUAUUUCAGACAUUCAAGAAUUUGUUUGCAGAUCUAAUCCUUAGUUUUCAUGAUCGAGAGAGAAGCCAAGCUUUGUUCAAGAAAAUGUCUGAUGAAAAUGCUUUCAAAGUGAUCGAGACUGAACUAGGAUUCAUGUAUGAUCUGCUGUAUACAAAGGCACCAGUCAUUUAUACUCCCUACGGUUUUGCUCGACGCUUCAUCACUUUCUCCUUCACCUGCUAUGCUUUUCUGUCUUUUAUCCUCGAUGACAAACUGAGGCAAAAAAGGAAAACGACUGAUUAUGUGGUCACUAGACUUUUGCUUGUUGGGGCUAUCUGCCUAGAGAUAUAUGCAGCUCUCGUAGUCCUUGUCUCAGAUGAAACCAGAACUUGGUUGAUUAAGCAUAGGAAGACUAGGAUUGCAGAAUCAUUAAUCAGCUCUUUUAAAGAAUGGUUCAAGUGGUUUAAGGUGGAGAGGUGGUCAAAUUCCAUGGCACAAUACAGUCUACUAUGGCUCAGCCUCAAGGAAAAAUGUAGCAUUAGGAUAAUUGAAGAAUUACGUUACAAAGAAUUCGAAGACUUCAAUAAAGACUAUAGACAGCUGAUCUUUAAACAUGUCGAAGAAAAGUUUGAGGAGUUCGAGAAACAAAGAGCACAACCAGAGGUAAGAAGCACGAGCACACUUGAAACAGCUAUUAAGGAGUUCUGCAGCCAAAGGGGUAAAGGCAUACUUGAGAAAUACCAGAAGCAGAAAAGUGAGGUUAAGAUUGAAUGGAGUAUCCUUGAAUGGAGUAUAAGUGUUGAAUUUGACCAAAGCAUCCUUAUCUGGCACAUGGCUACAGAAAUCUGCUACUACUCAAAGGAUGAGAUAGCAAACCUUUCUGAUGAAGCCAAAAAAUGUAGAGAAUUCAGCCUGCACAUGUCAAGAUACAUGUUGUAUCUCUUAGUCAUUUCUCCCUUCAUGUUGCCUGCAGGGAUUGGGUUUAUCAGGUUUCGAGACACUCGUGCUGAGGCCAUGGAAUUUUUCGAGGAGCAAAGGCCUACCAGCAGGGGUGAAGGCACUGUACCUGCCCUCCUUAAACUUUCGAGGAAAAUAUGUUCAUGUCGCAGUUCCAGCAUUGUAGAAGUUGAACAAAGAAGAAAAGAGGCUUGCAUGAUGUUGCUUGAAGUGAGAACAGAUGUUCCACCCAUGAAAGUCAAAGGCGAUAGAAGCAAAUCCGUGUUGUUCGAUGCUUGCAGGCUGGCAUCAACGCUGAAUGCUAUAUCUGAUUCUUAUCUUAAAUGGAAUCUACUGAAAGAUAUGUGGUUGGAGCUGCUAGCUUAUGCCGCUUGUCAUUGCAGGGGGAAUGAUCAUGCUCGGCAGCUGGGACAAGGCGGGGAACUGCUGACUCAUGUGUGGAUUCUUAUGGCUCAUUUUGGCCUCACUGAGCAGUUCCAGAUAUCUCAAGGCCAUGCAAGAGCUAGGCUGGUUACCAAAUAGUACCAGAGACAUGCAUGCUGUUCUAAUUUGGAAAUGAGAGAUCAUGAGUUAAAAAGUACCUAAAUUCAAGUGUUGUUAAUUUUACUCAAUUACGCUAGACUGAAAAACUUUCGUUCGAAAACUUACCCCUUUGCUUUUAUUCUUAAAUUUCAUAAUAGCUUGGAAGGAGGUUCCCCUCCUACAUCUUAAAGGAAAUUUCGAGGUGAUAGAAAGACUACAUAACACUAAUAAUCCUGGUCCGUAGCA